GCCACCGCGACUGCGCGGCCACAUGAACACGGGCCACGCCACGCGGCCACGCUCACACCCCCACGCCUCGCUGACCGCGCAGCUGCGACGCCAACGCAGCCGCGCGCGCGCAAGCGAACUGGGGGAGCGACUGAGCGAGCGCGAGCGUCCCCCCGCUAUCCUAUAUAUCCACGUCUCGGCUGCGCGCACCCACCCCACCGAAGGGGCAGCAGUUAGAUCAUACUAUCUCGUACUUCGUAGAGAUCAGCCGCCGCCAUGGGCGUCCUGCGGAGCACGCAGAGCAUGCAGGCGGAGGUGGAGGAGAUGAGGACGGCGCUGCUGCACGGCGCCGGGGCGGCGGCCGGGUGGCGCCCCUCGGCCGGCGACGCGGACGUCAAGCGCGCCGCGGGCGGCGACGGUGGCGCUGCCGGCCCGCGCACCGUCUGCGUCACGGGCGGCAUCUCCUUCGUCGGGUUCGCCGUCGUCGAUCGCCUGCUCCGGCACGGGUACACCGUGCGCCUCGCCCUCGAGACCCAAGAGGACCUGGACAAGCUAAGGGAGAUGGAGAUGUUCGGCGAGGACGGCAGGGACGGCGUGUGGACGGUGAUGGCGAACGUGACGGACCCGGAGAGCCUGCACCGGGCGUUCGACGGCUGCGCCGGCGUGUUCCACACCUCGGCGUUCGUGGAUCCGGGAGGCAUGUCCGGCUACACGAAACAUAUGGCAAGCUUGGAGGCCAAAGCAGCGGAGCAGGUGAUCGAGGCGUGCGUGAGGACAGGGUCCGUCAGAAAAUGCGUCUUCACCUCUUCGUUGCUGGCAUGCGUGUGGAGGCAAAACUACCCUCCUGACCGACGGUUUCCUACCAUCAUCGACGAGAACUGCUGGAGCGACGAGAGCUUCUGCCGUGACAACAAGCUGUGGUUUGCACUGGGCAAGACGGCAGCGGAGAAGGCGGCGUGGAGGGCAGCCAGAGGGAGAGACCUGAAGCUGGUCACCGUCUGCCCGGCGCUGGUCACCGGGCCGGGAUUCCGCCGCCGCAACUCCACCGCCUCCAUCGCUUACCUCAAAGGGGCUCGCGCCAUGCUCGCCGACGGCCUGCUGGCGACGGCGAACGUGGAGACGGUGGCGGAGGCGCACGUCCGGGUGUACGAGGCCAUGGGCAACAACACGGCCGGCGGGAGGUACAUCUGCUACGACCACGUGGUGCAGAGGCCCGAGGAGUUCGUGGAGCUGGAGCGCCAGCUGGGGCUCCCUCGCAGAGCGGCGGCCGUGGAGGACUCCGGCGACCGGCCGGCGAGGUUCGAGCUGUGCAUGCAGAAGCUGGCGAGGCUCAUGUCGACGAGGAGGCGGUGCACGUACGACGACUACUACUCCGUCGCGUUCGACUAGACUGUAGUAGCUAGGCGGCUUAACACCGUGCACAGCAAGAGGCUUGCAGCGGCACUGCGCCACUGAUGGAUCCACCUGGAUAAAAGGCAACUUAAGUCUGGAUAGGCUGUUCGACGCAGCUCAAGUGCUCAACAUCGUAGCGGAUGGACGGGAGAAGAGUGUGUGCAACCCAUGUACAUAGUGCGAUCUUGUAGGCUGUUUGAUGCAUCAAUAAAGCUUGAUCGAGCCCCGUUUUUGGCUACCCAA